GAAAUAACUUUAUUUUUUAUCCUACUUUUAAAAGAAAAAGCCAGGUGUUCCAAAUGGAAAGCAUAUGGCCUCUAGCUAGGAAGCAGUAUGUAGUUUGUUGCACAGGAUCACAAUCUGGACUUUUGAAACUGAAGCAAAUUAAAGUUACGUCUUACUGAAGCUCCCAGACUCUGACCAUAGAUGUUUCACUGGUGUUCCUCUGCCUAGCUGCAGCUUCUAGACAGCACUUCUGUGGUGAGUGGUCUUGUACCAUAUUACUAAGGGAUGCUGCCAUACACUUGUUUAGACUAUCUAGGUAGGAUUAGUUUCUCUGGGGAUUUUUGGUUUUUUUUUGGUUUUUGGGGUUUUUUUGUUAUUCUCACUGCUGUAAACUACCUCUUUUGGCCAUUUCUGAGUUCUGUAGUAGAACCGGAGAGCUGGAGACUGUCUGUUUAAAUUCAUGUUUCCAUCACUAGUCCUGAGAGUAAGGACUUCAGCAGGGUGGUUGCUAAACAACAGCUUCCAUAAGAGAAAGUAGAGGAAAACCAAAACCUUAUUCCAAAACAUUACUGCAUGCAGCAAAGCUUGUCUUCAGUGUACUUCUCUCCAAAAUCUAGAGGAGGUAUGUCUUGCAGUUAUCCUGGAUGUGAAUGAUUGUGGAAGUUAGACCAAUGUAAACCUAUUGAAUUAAUUAUAGUGAGCAGUUCUAGAAAUAGUUUAAUUUUCUAUUUCCUGGUAAGUCACUCAUUCCUGGAAGGAUCAGUAUGCCUUUCUCCAGAGCAGCAGUGAGCCAUGCUGUAAUAUAAAGUAGCCUCUGCUUUUCUAGAAGAUGAAGGAGACAUUUGAUUUCUAUGUAACAUUUUCUACAGUCUCUUGUAUUUCACUUUGGAAUAAUUUUGGAUUUUGUCUUGGAAUUACUAUAACGGAAAUGCAUAGAAAGCUUCACCAAUGAGCUCAGAAAAUUUUUGUAGUGGAUGAGGCCUGGGUAGGAAGAACAAAAGGAGUAGACUUGCUUUCUUGGUCCUUUUAGAAGAGGCUAGCCCAAGCAUGCAUGGCAUUAAGGAUAUUAUUUAAACCUGUUUUAUUUUAAGAAAUGUUCACAGCUAUUGCUAAUAAAUACCAAGAUGAGGUGUUCCCCGCUGAAUGAAACCAUCUUCGUAUUGGCUGCUUUUCCAUUAAUAUGACAACAGCCCAUACACUAACAAAGGUGGCUGUUGUCCUUACUUUUGAUCACUGCAAACAGCCAAGGGGUGUAGAUGGCAUUCUUCUGGGAACCUUCAAACAGGAGUAGUUUGUUCCAGAGUAACAGCUCCUGGCCAUCACACAGGCGUGAAUUUUACAAAGCUGAAAAUGCUGUGUUUAGCAGGAUGGCCUCCUUAGGUUUCAAGAGAAGCAAACUCUCAGUUUAAGGCUUCCCAUACUGAUCUGUGCUGGCACAUUGAAUCCCUUGUUUUCAGAAAUUACCACUUCAGUAGGUGAUUGUGAUAUAGCACUUUCACUGUUAGGAUUGCAAGGCCCUGAAAACCCAACCACACAACCACCAGCUUCCCGGAAAGGAGGCGGGAUUUUAUUUUUUUCCAGUAAUAGCUUUUUUUCAUUGCUUUUUUAUGUAUGCAAAAGUAUGUUUGAAAUAUUUUUCCUUAAAUUGUAUUUAUACUGUGCUACAUAGUAUUACUUCUUUAUACACAAUCCAUCUUCUCAAAUAAGCAGAAAUCUAACAGCAUCUAGGUUGGCAGUGAUGACUUGAAGGUUAUGGGUAGAACUGGGGACUGAGAAAGGUAUUAAAGCUGAAACAGAAACGUUCAUUGUGCAUUUAUGUAACUACAAGUUUGGUUGCUGUUUCAGAGACAUUGCAAUCAAUUGAAUGGUCUGUCUUUACUCUUUCUGUCAAGAAAUCAAGGUGGAUUUCUAAUUGAGAAUACAGACUGUUAAAACAAAAAAGGUAGGAGAUUAUGUUUUUUGCAGGUUUUUUUUUUAUAGGCUUCCUCUGUACAAAAAAUAAACGAGAAGGUGCUCUCCUCCUUCUAGAAGAAAUUCAGAAAGUGACUUUGAAGAUCUGAAGUCCACAUCUUAGCUGGCAAAGUAGGUAUCACUGUCUCUGAGCUGCCUAAGCUAAAUCAAGAGUGAGGUAUGAUAGCAGUGGGAUAACAAGGGAUCAGGCACGGAUCAUUAAAAAAGGGACUUGGGAGUAGAUUAAAACCCCACACCCUACGAUCAAAGCAGAGGCUGAAUGGACCCAGUUUGUUACGUUGCAAGGCCUUUGGGCUGGUUGGGGGCCACGCUGAAGUUGAUAGAAAUGUUGGUUUAGAAACGACAUGACUGUGUGCACGUGGCUUGCUAGUAAAAUUGCAUGUUAGAGCUCUGGAGCCUUAUGCAUGAGAGGGAGAAACCCAGCACAUAUGAGUUUGUGGUUUUGAAAAGGUGUAUGUCUUGGUUCAUAGCAUGCCAGUGCUAUAGAGCUAUAGUCAGGCCACAUAUUACAUAUCACAAUGCAGCUGGGAUGUUGCUUUUGUGAUGGGUGGGUAGGUUUAGAAAAGAAGCUGAGAGUUACCUUAUCUUGAGCUAUCUUCUCUACCUUGAAGCAUCUGGGAAACUGAAUUUCAAUAAUUUGUAUUUUGAAACUUAUGUGUUCUGAAGUUUCCUACAAAAUAGCAACAUUGAGGGGAAAAAAUUACGAUGUUUUGGAAAUAGAACAUCAUAUUUUCAAAAUCACAUUUGUUCUUUGGUAGUGCUGCAAAAUGUGGAAUAUGUCAAGAUUAUCUGAAGUCGGGAUGUUCUUUGAUGUAAGAUCUUUGUGUAUUUUCAAACCUAGUCAGCCGUCUGCAACCUUCACUGGGUACUGGCAUGAGGAAAAGCAAUUAAGGACAUAUUGAUCUCUGCGCCAAUUUCAAAAUCUACCCUCGGGAGUCUGACCUACUUUGGACUAAGCUUGUUCAUUGGCAGUCUCCUCCCUGCUCCCAAAAGUAGCUGCAUCAACAAGGACACUGCUGCUUUGCCAGAUGAAAGUGGGGAGAUAUUGAUGUCCCCCAGGCUGGAUGGAGCCCACAGCUGGUAACACUUAGGGGGAUGCAUUAGUUCUGGGCAGAUACACACAGCUGCCUUCAUACCAUACAUUCUCAGCCCAACCCAGAGCCGGAACCUGCUAAUAGAGGACCUGGAAAAAGCUGGGCAAAACCUUUUUAUUUAUUUUUAGAUCUGUCAGGACAGAUCUAGCCUGGAGUCCUAGAGAGACUGUAACUAUGGUGUAAUCUGCAAGGCCUUUGCUUUUUGGAGUCAUUUACAAAAAGGAAACAGAUGAAGGCAGCAGCUUUUGCCUCCAAGUUGAAACAAGGUACUGCAGAUGUUUCUACAAAGAGAGCAGAGGCACUGGGCAGGAGAAGGCUGCUCAAUGCAGGGGGCUGGCUCUACAUCACCACAACCUGCCCCAUAGUCCAGACACCAGUCCACUGCAGAUGGACAGCACAGGCUGUACAGAUGACAAAAGAAAGGUGUACAGUUCUCAGUCACCCUAGAGCUGUCCUGCAUGGAUCUCUCCCUCCCUAGCACCUGCCAGUCCUUUUUCUAUUUCCUUCUGGGAGGCUUCCUCCUGAAGCAAGAAAGGAUUUGAUCUCUUUUUGCCCCAAGAACUGCAACACAGCAGUAGCCACAAGUGAGAUGCUUUUUCUCAUGUAAAGCAAAACCCCAACUUGAAUGCAGCCCAUCCUGUCAAAAUUCCUUUGAUUUUCCUGCAAUUUUUCCAGAUGGGAGAAGGAAAGUAAGGAGUGCAUUUCCCUGCCAGAAUUGUUUGUUAGGAAUCAAAAUGACUGCAACAUCUACUGGGUUAUUAUUUUAUAUUAUUACAUAUAUGAAUAAGAGUAUGCGUAUGAGUCUAUAUCUGGGCUAUAUGGGGGAUGCUGAAUUUAAGCGGCAAAUACCUCUCCCUCACCUUCUUCCAUCUGUGUAACAUUAAACUGUCAUGUAUCAUUAGAAGUUGGGCUGUUAGAGGCACCUUAUGAUUGAAUGCUUGAGGGGUAACUGUAUUCUGUCUCUGAUAUCCUGGGAAAAAUCUCCAAUAAUCCGUUUCCUCUGAACUGGGAUGUAACAAUAAGGAGGAAAAACUUAAGUUCUGCCCACUACUAAAAUUCAUAAACUUUACAGGUUCUAGGUCUGAAAAUAAUAUGAUGAAGCAGAUUGGACCUCUAGUAACACUGCCAGAAAUGAGCAAAGCACAGGGUGAAAGAAACCAGAAAUCCUGCUCACUAAUACAAUGGACUAUUCAGGGGCAGGGGGGAAUCAAACAUGCUCUGUCUACCUACCCUUGCCUGAGUUUGAACUCUGUUAUUCAUGAAUCAUGUACAAAUGGAAGCUUGAAGGGCAAGAAGUAGUGCUGGGCUGACAGGAAGAGCACUGGAAUGUGAUCCAGGUUGUGUAGCCUCUCUCUAUCACUGGCCUCAGGUGACCUUGGGCUUUUGACUCCCAGUGCCUCAGUUUUCCCAUCUACACAGUAAAUUCUGCUCUUCAUAAAGGGCUACUAGCAGGGAGGAUGAGGGGAGCUGUCUACACUUAGGUAAAUAUGGUUUUGCUGGUUCAUUUUAUCUAGAAAUACAGUGUGACAAGGGAAAGGCAUCCAAAAUUUGCAGAGGACAGAGGUGAGGCAGGCUGCGGCAGCCAGGCAAGAACUUUCCCAUCAGACUUUUGGAAAGCAGCUUAUCCGCGAAACAGCUUGAGACUCAGCCAGGCCCCAGACCUGAGAGCAGCCAGUGGGCAAGUACAGAGGUGGAGCUUGCACUGAGGCUGUUUGUUAGAUAUAAAAUGCUUGGAUGGGUCAGUGCUGACCACAGCACCCGGGAAGUGGUGAGAGGAGCUGUGCAGAGAGCAGCACUGGCCAUGGGGACAGCAGCCCCAGCCCUUUUGGUACUGCUCAGCCUAAGAGUGACUAUUUGUGAUGCUGAAGACACCUGCUCAGAGGUGAGAAUAGUGGGACUGCGUGAUGCUGACCGACUUGCCAUUCUUCAAGGAUGUCCAGGGAUCCCAGGCAUCUCUGGCCCAAAAGGAGAAGCAGGUCUCCCAGGAACAAAAGGAGAAACGGGAGACCAGGGAUUACCUGGGAAAGCAGGACCACCUGGUGCAAAAGGAGCAGCUGGAGAGCCUGGCUUCCCAGGACUGAAAGGAACAAAAGGAGAGCCUGGAUUUCCAGAAAUAUGGGAACCAGGGAACUGCCAAGAACUGUUGGCCAAAGGGAAGAUUUUGAGUGGCUGGUACACAAUCUACCCCCAAGACUGCAAUGCCACCACCGUCUUCUGCGACAUGGACACGGAUGGUGGGGGAUGGAUUGUUUUUCAGAGGCGCUGGGAUGGGUCAGUGAACUUCUUGAGAGAUUGGGAUUCGUACAAAAGAGGCUUUGGCAACCAGCUGACAGAGUUCUGGAUGGGGAAUGACAACAUCCACUUCCUCACCUCUCUGGGACCCUGUGAACUCCGCGUUGACCUCAGAGACUUUGAGAACAACUACUAUUUUGCCAAGUAUGCUUCAUUCAGAGUUUUAGGAGAGUCAGAGAAAUACAGACUGGUUCUAGGAGACUUCCUUGGUGGAAACGCUGGGGACUCUUUAUCGUAUCACAGGGACAUGCCAUUUUCAACAACAGAUCAGGACAAUGACAUGAGUUCCUUCAACUGUGCCACAGAAUACAAGGGAGCAUGGUGGUACAAUGACUGCCAUUACUCCAACCUGAAUGGCAUGUACUGGAUGGGUGCGCAUGGGAGCUACGCUGAUGGCAUCAACUGGAAGACAGGUAAAGAAUACCACUACUCCUACAAGCGAACGGAAAUGAAGUUCAGGCCAGUUUAACAUGGUGACAGGGUGCCUGACUAGAUCCAAGAGGUGCCACUCACCCACCAAGAAAAGACACAAAACAAUGUUGUUUGGGGACAAAAAUGGACCAGAAAGGAUAUUACAGGUUGUGCCUUCUGACUAGAGCAGGAUGUUUGAAGCCAGAAGAUAUCUGUAUCAGGUUUGAGCUCCUGUAAGCACCUGACCCUCUCUCACCCUGACUACCUUCAGCAGCCCCACUGAUGCAGACUGAGCCCAAGCACCUUCUUCUGAAAAGUGUGUUACCUUGAUUUAAAGACCAGGUGCACCUCAGUAAAGCUCUCUGAUGUUAUUACUUAAAUGGUAAUUACUGCUAAGCUCCAGUAUAAUCCAUGUAUGUGAAGACUCCAAUAUGCAUGCAGCCUCUUUCUACUGGACCCAAGAGCCAUGCAAAAGGCACUCAAUUCCUGACCCAUCCCAAUCUCCCUGCGGGCUGUGAUGGAGCCACAACAUAGAACAGCAUGGAAAAGACUGAGCUUCCAGCACAGCGCUGUCAGCACUACCAGUUUCCCCCUUCUUUCCCCACAUGUUCCAGGACCUCAGGUGGGACCCCAGCUCCUGGAACCACAGCAGAGUUGCUCAGCACUUCCCACCAGGACACAGCUGCAGCUGGGCCCAGAGCCAUCUUUAGCCAUUCUUCCAGGGCAUGUUUCUAGAUCUCAUUAGCUGCUGUGGACCAAGAGCUGUAUGCAAAACAGCCUGUUCAGCAGCACAUGUGGUACCAAGACACAGUACACAUGGUACAGCAGUUCCAAGUCAAGCCUUGCACAUGUGGUCAUCAUGAACAGUGCCAGUACCUUCCACUUUAUCUUGUUUCCAGUAGUGUUUGAGGGUGAGCUAUCUGCUGGUGGGUGGACACAGUUCACCUGGUUCACGUAUUGCAUUUGACUAGUAGCAGAACUGGGUCUCUUCUUCCUGCAUUUGUGCUGCUGGACUCCUCGCCACAGCUGACAGAGGAGAGCCAAGUACUAACUCUUCACUGCAGGAAUAGACAGAGACAGCAGAAAUAGAGUAUUUCUUUGUGUUAUGUUUCUAAUGGUCCCAGGUUUAUUGCACUGUAUAUUGCACAGAUAUGUAGGAAGGGCAGCUCCAGCCCUACAAGACAGAAUCCAAACCUUGUGGGUGAGAAAAGUGAGGAGGUCACUCAGCCCGCCACAGCAGUGGUAAGAAACAGUGUGCUAAGAAAUAAACCUGAGCGUUUGCAUCUCCCCACUCACUAGGUCCUGUCUCAGUUUACUUCUUUUCAGUUACACAAGAAAGAGUGUGUCUGAGCAGAGAAGUGCACACUGAAAGCCCCAUAGUUACUUUUCCCUCUCCAGGAGCUCUGUCUUGUUUUUC